AUGGGGGCGCGCAGGACGCCGCCGCACGGCUCGCACGGUAGCGCGGACAUCUCCCACGAUGCGGACUCCUACCCUCAGGAGGUCGAGGUCGGCAACGUCGAGUACAAGCUGAAGCUCGUCUCGCCGACGCCGGCGCGCUUCCAGCAGCUGGUGACGCAGCUGGCUUACCGGCUUGCCGAGGGGCGGGGCCGUGCGGUUUACCUCCUCGGCGUGGAGGACGACGGCGCGCUCCACGGUCUCUGCCCUCGCGACAUGUCCGCGUCGCUUGGCACUCUCCGCCGGAUGUGCGGCCACGUUUCGGCGCGUAUGGUGGUCGCCGCGCAGCGGACCAAGGGCGUGCCGACGGGGCGGAUAGCCGAGGUGCGAAUCGAGCAGUUUGCGGAGUGCGCGCAGGUGGAGGUGCGGAUCGCGGUGCUGGGCAGCGCCCAGGCGGGCAAGUCUUCGGUGGUGGGCGUCCUCGCGGGCGCGCUCGACGACGGCAAGGGCUCCGCGCGGACGCUCGUGAUGCGGCACAUGCACGAGCUGGAGACAGGCGCAACGUCCUCCAUCUCACAGCAAGUGCUCGGCUUUGACGGCGCCUGCCGGCUGCUCAACUGGACGGAGGAGCUGCGCCUCGCGCCUGCUCAACUGGACGGAGGAGCUGGCGCGCACGACGUCGGAGCUGCGCUGCUCUGCGUCGGGGCGGACGUUGGCAUCACCGCGGCCACGCGGCUCCACGCGCUGCUUGCGGCGGGGCAGGGCGUCCUAGAAGCAGAGGACGCGGCGGUGCUGGCCGAGCCGCCCCCCUUCUCUGCGCACUGCCCCUGCCUCGCCCUCCCGCCCAGCGGCGCGGACGGCGGCAGCGAGGACGACAGCGGCGGCGCCGAGCCGGACGCCGCCGCCGCCGGCGCCGCCGGCGGCGGCGGAGGCGGCGGAGGCGGCGGAGGCGGCGGAGGCGGCGGAGGCGGCGGAGGCGGCGGAGGCGGCGGCGGCGGCGGAGGCGGCGGAGGCGGCGGCGGCGGAGGCGGCGGAGGCGGCGGAGGCGGCGGCGGCGGAGGCGGCGGAGGCGGCGGCGGCGGCGGCGGCGGUGGCGGCGGCGGAGGCGGCGGUGGGGGCGGUGGGGGCGGUGGGGGCGGCUUCGGCGCUGGCGACGGGGGCGCGGGCGGCGUCACCGGCAGCGGCGAGGGGAUGGGCACGUUGCUGCGCGGCGCACUCUGCGCGCGCGCCGCCGUCCCCUCGCCCGCCCCCGGCCGGUUGCUCGUCGGCCCCGACGCGCGCGGGCGUUGGGCGCCGGCGACGCUGCGGUCGAUCAAGUACAAGGAGCUCGGCGUCGGCCGCGCGGUCGCCGGCCAGUCCGCCACCGUCAGCUUGCAGGUUGCGGACGGCGGCGGCUUCAAGCUGCGGCGCGGCAUGGUCCUCGUCGACGAGCGCACGCGGCCGGCGCCGAGCGCCGCGCCGUCCGCCGUGUGGGAGUUCACCGCGCGCGUGACGGCGAUCCAGCUGCCGGCCGAGAUCCAGCUGCCGGCCAAGGUCGUGGCUGGCGCGGAGCUCGUGCUGUACUGUCUGGGCGUCAAGCAGGUCGCGCGCGUGCUGCCCGCCGUCAGGAGCGGCGACGCGUCGCCGCCGCACUCUUCCGCCCGAAGUGGCAGCGGAGGCAGCGAGAGCAGAGGCAGCGGAGGCAGCGAGAGCAGAGGCAGCGGCGGCAGCGGGGGCGGAGGCAGCGGAGGCAGCGAGAGCAGAGGCAGCGGCGGCAGCGGGGGCGGAGGCAGGGGGGGCGAGGGGAGGGGCGGCGCCGCGUGUGUGCUGCGCGAGGGUUCUGCAGGAGGGCGCGACCUCGGCGUCGCCGUCGGCCGAAUACACGCCACCGCAAGCGCGCCAGAGUGUGGCGAGGAGCAGCAGCAGGGAACUUAGCUGCACCGGGCGACUCCCACCCGGGAGUUCUUCCUACUCGCCGGAGGUGCCAUCGCAGAACGACCAUAGUCGCCGCCGCCGAAAGUAGACGAGCCCAAAAGGCGCGCAGGGCCGCAGCUGGUUGGCGAUUUUAUUAGAGGCGUGUGAAGCAGCGACGCGAGCGCAGCGCGCGCUCGGAAGGGAAAUAAAUGUUGGGCUCUGCCAGUCGUGACAGGGAGUCCGCUGCUUGCAGUUUAAAUGUUUUCCCUAAGU